AUGGCCACCAGUCCCAUCCAAAACGGUCACUUCGUCCAUAACAACACUACGGCUCCCGAUCCCUCUAGCCUACUAGGCCUUUUCUCCCUGAAAGGCAAAACCGCCAUCAUCACCGGUGCCGGUGCCGGAAUUGGCCUUGCCGUGGCUCAGGGCCUCGCGGAAGCCGGAGCCAACGUGGCGUUGUGGUACAACACCAAUGACAAAUGCCACGAGCGUGCAGCUGAGAUUGCUGCUAAAUACGGUGUGCAGGCCAAGGCCUACAAAGUCAACACCACCGACCCCGCAGCCGUUGAAUCCGCGGUCAACACCUGUGCAAAGGACCUCAACGGCCGCCUCGACAUCCUCAUCGCCAAUGCCGGUGUCCCCUGGACGAAGGGCCCCAUGGUUGAUGGCCCUCUCGACCACUACGGCCAGGUCGUCGACAUCAACCUGAACAGCACCUUCUACUGCGCUAAAUACGCUGCUGCCCACUGGCGCCGGCAAAAGGAGGAGGGCACCGACCUCAAUGGCAACCCGCUCACGAACUUCACCUACGGCAGCUUCGUGGCCACGGCCUCGAUGAGUGGGCAUAUUGUCAAUUUCCCCCAGCUGCAGAGCGCCUACAAUGCUGCUAAGAGCGGGGUGAUUCAUCUGUGCAAGUCACUGGCUGUAGAGUGGGUCCGAUAUGCCAGAGCGAACUCGGUGUCACCGGGAUACAUCGUUACGGAAAUCUCCAAUUUCGUGCCGCAAGACACCAAGAAUGUCUGGAAGGAUAAGAUCCCGAUGGGCAGAGAGGGUGAGGUGGGUGAGCUGAAGGGAGCGUAUUUGUACCUGGCAUCGGAUGCGUCGAGCUAUACUACGGGUGCGGAUUUGGUGGUUGAUGGAGGAUACACUUUGCCAUAG